GGUCAGUUUGUUUUUCAUGCAACAAUUCCAGACUUACUCCACUUCUGCAGAGUCACCACAGCAGGAAUUCAGCAGCAGAGAUGGACACCCUGAUGAAAGAUGAGGUAUUCAAGGCUUUCACCACCUAUGCAGCUAUUGUUGUUCUGAAGAUGUUGCUGAUGGGGCCAAUGACUGCAUACCACCGCAUUACCAAAGGGGCUUUUGCAAAUGAGGAAGAUGUGGCCAGGCACUCUGCAGAUCAGAAGAAGAAACAGCUGAGAACUGAUCCUGCUGUAGAGCGAGUUCGACGGUGUCACCAGAAUGACCUGGAGAGCGUGGUCCCGUUUGUGCUGAUGGGCCUGCUCUACACCCUGACUGGACCAGAGCUUUCAUCUGCUCUGCUGCACUUCCGGGUCUUCACCGGCUCCAGGAUCUUCCACACCAUCUCCUACGUGUGCACCCUGCCCCAGCCCUGCAGGGGGCUGUCCUGGAUAGUGGGCAUGGUGGCCACCCUCUCCAUGAGCUACAGGGUGCUGAGCACAGUUCUCCUCCCUUAGAGCCAGUAGAAGACCAGCAGGCAUCUUCUACACAGCUCACAUACAUCUAGGAGCUUGAUUAGUCUUUACUGGGAAUAUUGUCAUGGAUGGAAAAGGUGUUUUCAAUAAACCUUUUUAUCAAG